AUGUUACUGCCGCUGCUUGCACUUUUAUUUAAUUGCGCGGUUGUGAGAUGCCGGUGUGACGCCGAACUCGACUCCGCGGCGCGCUACGAGGCCCGCUACGGCACCCAACUCGCGCCUUCGCCCCCGGACGAGGAGUACGCCGAGCCCCUCGGCAGGCUCGCCUUCGGGAGCUGCCAGCAGUUCGAUCUCGGUGACAACCGUAUUUUUCCCGCGAUAUCGCGGGCACGUCCCGACCUGUUUUUGUACACGGGCGACAUCGUCUACCCGGACAACCACUGCGGCACGCCGGAAUGCCUAAGGGGCUACUACACCGCCGCCCGCAACCACCCCGUUUAUAGCGAGUUCAGGAGGCAGUUGCGGCGCAUCGACGGCAUCUACGACGACCACGACUUCGGCAUGAACGAUGGCCACGACAGCUUCCAGCACCGCGAGGCGUCGCAGCAGAUUCUGCUGGACUUUCUGGAGAAACCGGCGGGGCACUACCGGCGACGUCGUGCGGGCGCGUACUUUUCAGCGGAGUAUCGCAAUCCGCACUGCCCCGUGCACCGGGUGAAGGUGAUCGUGCUGGACAUGAGGUACCACCGCAACAGCUUCUACUACUGUGCGUGCCACAACUGCCACUGGUACAAGCCUUGCAUGCACCACUACAUAGUGAGGCGGCUGUGGAACUACCUAUCGGGUUUCGGCUGCAAUCACGGCGGUGACACGCUGGGCCAGGAGCAGUGGCGGUGGCUGGAGGGCCAGUUGCACCAGUCGCAGGCUGAGACGCACGUGAUAGUGUCCUCGACGCAAGUGUUCACCAAAUUCCCGGUGGCAGAGAGCUGGGGGUUGCUGCCCGAUGCGAAGGAGAGACUGACGCAGCUGCUGCUCGCCACCAAGCCCAAGAAUCCCAUCUUCAUCUCGGGCGACGUGCACUGGGGCGGAAUCCUUGAAGCCGACGGCAUUGUGGAAGUCACCUCCAGCAGCCUCACGCACUCCAUGUAUGUGGAGUUCGCCAAGAUACAACCCGUCGUGUCCUUCGUUCUCCAAUGGCUUAACCUGCCCAUCUACGGCUACAACAACUUCGGCAUCAUCGAUUUCGAGCACGACGACAGAUGCGAGCGGUUGAGUCGCCACAUCAAGCUCAUGGACGACGAAGGGAAGGUGGUUAUGGAUACCUUCCACGACGGCUACGAAGACCCGAUGGAACCCUACCGGGGCGUCGAUCAGAAAGCGACGACGUUCCUACGCAACACCCGGAUCGUCCACUGUACUAGCUUGCUGUGGAAGGUGGCGUUGAUAUCUACCAUCGCUGCGACAGUGUACUGCGCAUUCGUCGUUGCGAUAUCUAUACUCCGACGUCUGUUUAAGCGCCGGCACGCCAAGAAGGAUAAUUAA